GUGAGCACAUAAACACAAAUAGUCUAAACUCUAUAUUCUAUACUCUGUUUAAUUCCAUGGCAAAAACAACUCACAUAACUAUUGUUUCAAGUCCUGGUUUCACCCACCUGGUCCCAAUUACCGAGUUCAGCAAGCGACUUGAGAAGCAUCACCCAAAUUUUCAUGUAACCUGCAUCGUUCCCUCACUUGGGCCACCCUCGGAGUCCUCCAAAGCCUACCUUGAAACUCUUCCUUCAAACAUACAAACCAUCUUACUUCCUCCCAUUAACAAAGAACAAUUGCCCCAAGGAGUACACCCUGCAAUCCUGAUUCAACUCACUGUUACUCAUUCUCUGCCAGCAAUACAUGAGGUCCUCAAAUCCCGAUUCUCCAAAGACCCUUUAGUUGCUUUGGUGGUAGAUCUUUUUGCGUUUCAGGCCUUGGAGUUUGCAAAGGAGUUCAAGGCCCUGUCCUAUUUUUACUUCCCUAGUUCAGCUUUGGUAUUGUCACUGCUUUUACACGCGCUUGUCUUGAUCGGCCCCACGGUGGGCGCCAAAUGUUCUUACCAAGGAUCUGGGGUAGACUCGAUCCGCUGGAGUCGGUGCCCUAGUCGCAGUCCAGGGUGGGGAGAUCGAAUGCCCUUCUUCCUCGUGGAGGUUGCUCGCCUGAGGCUGAUGAUUAGAGGGGCGUCAAGGGAGCCGGGCGCGAAUCCGAUCAUUUCUGGCACGUAG